AUGUGCAUAUUGAAGGUGGCGAACCAAAGAGGAGACUCAGGGGAGUACACGAGGUACCUUGCAACAGAUAGCGAUGAUAACCAAGAAGAGAGAUCAUACACAGCACAACAAAUAUUUUCUGAAUCGAUUCAACCAAUACAGCAGCGUGUGGAGGUAACACAAUCACCACAUAUGUUGAUGGGGUAUAGCCGUUCAACAGAGAUGUCUGCAAUGGUAUCAGCACUUACACAUGUGGUAUCAGGCCAAGGAGGAAGUGCUAGUGAUUGGGGAUCGUAUGGGGCUGCAGGUCUUGGAGGUGCAACAAUAACAUCAACUUUUGGUCAGGCAGCGCCUGGUUCUAAUGCUGCUUCAGCUUCUCCACCUUUGUCUGCUUAUUCUUCUACUUCUGGUUCUGGUUCUGCUUUGUGGAUUGGCCAGAAGAGAAGGAGAGAAGAAGAGGCCGGUGCAGCAGCUCAAUUGAUGGAGUCUUUGCCUAGGGUUUAUAGAGGGUUUAAUGAUUUUAGAAGUUCACAAGGAGAUUCAUCAUCAUCUGGUGCAACAGCAACUGAAGGGUCUGCUUCAACUUUAGUAUUCCCCACUACAACCACACCCUCCACUACAGCAACAACAUCAAGUGAAACAGCAUCCUUGGAAGAAACUGGAGAGCAAAGAAGAAGAUACAGAGGAGUUAGGCAGAGGCCAUGGGGAAAAUGGGCAGCAGAGAUACGUGAUCCACACAAGGCUGCAAGAGUCUGGUUAGGCACAUUUGACACUGCAGAGGCUGCAGCUAGAGCCUAUGAUGAUGCUGCUUUAAGAUUCAGAGGAAAUAGAGCUAAACUUAACUUCCCUGAAAAUGUUCGACUGGUGCCAGCUCAAAUGCAAAAUGUUACUGGUUCUCAAGUUCCCAUUUCUCGUUCACAAUUAUCUUCUCAUCACCAGCUACAGUCUAUCUCAUCUCCAAGGCAACAAGCACAGCGGCCGCAGGCGCCAGCACCUGCAUUGUUUCAGUCUCAAGCUGAUAUUAUAAGAGACUACUGGGAGUACUCUCAGUUGUUGCAGAGUUCUGGAGACUUUCAUGGACAACAACAGCAGCAGCAGCAGCAGCCUCCUUCAAAUUUGUUAGAUCAGAUGUUUUAUAAUCCCCGUUUGGCUUCUCUACAAUCAUCAACUUUGUCUUCGUUCUCUUCAUUAACUUCGUCGACUUCAGGUUCUUCAUUUGCAGCACCAUCUUCUGGUUCAUUACCAUCAACAUUUUCUCCCUCUGCUUCUUCGUUUCCUCUGCUUUUUGCUGGUCAGCAGUUGGGUUAUUUUCGGCCACCGCAAAAUCAGAAUCCAGCUACUGGUUCCGAUUUUCCGGUGCCCCCAUGGACAGAUUCUAGUAGCCAUCCUUCGUCUACUGGCUAG